AACGAAUAAGACUUUGUUUGUUUGGAAACGCGUUUCUUUUGCUUGUGUUAUACAAAAGAGCCAGUAUUAGUUCCCAGCAACCCUUAUAGAACCCUUUGAUCAAUGCCAAUGUCAUGUUGUUUCGGAUCCCUUUACGACAUCUAUGCUUCCGUCAGAGAGUGAUUGUCUCACGCCGUUCGGACCUUCCCACGACCCAACUCAUAAUGAUUUCUAGUCGCCUCAGCGGGGACCACGAUAUCGAGGCUAAGCCCUUCCUCCCCAUUCAGGUAGUGGUGAUCGGGGCAAGCAUUGGAUCAGGCCAUACCUCUGCAGCCCUGGAGCUUCAACGGCGCCUUGAAAACGAUGGUGUCAGCACCGAAUACCAUGACAUCCUCGACGCUCUACCCAUCUUGAUCAGAAUCAUGCUUAGAGAAUUUUAUGCGCCUCUAGUCACCUUCGGCCCUUUACUCUUUAGUUGGCUUUUGGUAGCCUGGGAGGUCGAGUCCUCGUGGAUGAUGCAGGUAUUACUAUGGACCGCUUCAGAUCGUCGAGUGCUGGAGUGGAUACAAGACAAGAAGGCCAUUGUCACGACGCACGCCAUUGCGACCCAGAUUGCUGGCAGACUCAAGGACCGAGCCAAGCACGACGUACCGAUCGCGUCGUAUCACUGUGAUGCAGGAAUACAUCCGCUACUGCUGCACCACUCUGUCAGCCUGAAUCUCGUACCUGCCAGUAUAGCAGCCCUGGCUUGUAGGAGUUAUGGACACGAUGCUACAGUCAUAGCCCCGUUGGUCCGGCCGCGGUUCAGAGAGCCUAUACACGACCUCACUCGCUGCAGACUGAAAGAAAGCCUAAGGCUCUGCUCCACAGCCCCAGUGAUCAUACUAGCCGCUGGGUCGCUGGGCAUCGGUAAUAUCGUCGGCACUGUGCAAGACAUUCUGAGAGAAAUGGACACUGCUCGGCUUCUGGUUCUCUGUGGGAGGAAUGACAAGUUACGAAAGCGCCUAAAACCAUAUUCGCAGGUGACAGCACUGGGCUGGCGGGAAGACAUUGCCGAGAUUAUUGCCGUCUCCCACGUCAUGGUGCACAAUGCUGGGGGGAUGGCAAUUUGGGAGGCCAUGAUGUCUGGCCUACCCACCGUUACGUACAAUCCACUACCAGGCCACGGCAGGGCAAAUGCUUUAGCGCUCGAGCAGGCCGGCAUCUCGCCGUGGCCCCGCGAUCGUGCUCGUCUCGGGGCGACGCUGAGGAGCGUCCUGGCAGCUGGCAGAGGGAAAGUCCUGGCGGACUGUGACACGAUCGUUAGCAGGCACAUAAGCAGGAUGAUUAGGUCAGGUCCUUGUAGCGGAGCCAUAACAAUAGGCCUGGGACUCAAAGAUAUCAUUGCUCCCCCGCGACCUCGCAAAAGUCCCGACAAAAGCACGAAAAUAGAUACGGCUAAUGCGGCAACAGAUACAACAUACGAGACUACCGAUCACGGCCUGCGUGGGAUUCUUUUCGUGGCUCUUGGUUCCUCCUACCUGGUCACAAGUGUCUGCACACCUAUCGAGUCGAACCAGCUGGUCCAUGCAAGCGUACCUGUCCGCCUGUUCCUUGCUUUUGUUUCCAUGCUCCGACUGCUAUUCGUUUCAGGGCUCGAGAAACAGGGGAAACGCGACAUGAUCAUCGUGUGCUUGUACGACGGCUUCGGAGCUUUGGUGACAGGAUGGACUCUGGGCAAUUUCAGUGGCAAGUUGUAG